GAGAGCGCGGGUGACAGGCCCGGCCUCGCGGGGAGGCCCGAGCCGGCGGGCGCCCGGGCCCCGCGCCGCGCCGGGCUGUUCAUGAAGCAUGUCGGCCACCAGCGUGGACCCCCAGAGAACAAAAGGACAAGAUAAUAAAGUACAAAAUGGUUCUUUGCAUCAGAAGGAUACGGUCCAUGACAAUGACUUUGAGCCCUACCUUUCUGGACAGUCAAAUCAGAGUAACAGUUACCCGUCCAUGGCGGACCCUUACCUGUCCAGCUUUUACCCACCGUCCAUCGGGUUCCCUUACUCGCUCAGUGAGGCGCCCUGGUCUACUGGAGGAGACCCUCCCAUCCCGUACCUCACCACCUACGGACAGCUCAGUAACGGAGACCAUCACUUCAUGCACGAUGCUGUUUUCGGGCAGCCCGGGGGCCUGGGGAACAACAUCUAUCAGCACAGGUUUAAUUUUUUCCCUGAAAAUCCUGCUUUCUCAGCUUGGGGGACAAGUGGGUCACAGGGCCAGCAGGCGCAGAGCCCCGCAUACGGGAGCAGCUACACUUACCCGCCGAGCUCUCUGGGCGGCACGAUUGUGGACGGGCAGACAGGCUUUCACGGCGACACUCUCAGCAAGGCCCCUGGAAUGAACAGCCUGGAGCAGGGCAUGGUGGGCCUGAAGAUCGGGGACGUCACCGCCUCUGCCGUCAAGACUGUCGGGUCGGUCGUUAGCAGCAUGGCGGUGACUGGUGUCCUUUCUGGCAACGGUGGCACAAAUGUAAAUAUGCCCGUUUCGAAGCCGACCUCGUGGGCUGCCAUCGCCAGCAAGCCGGCAAAACCACAGCCGAAAAUGAAAGCGAAAAGCGGACCUGUGAUCGGGGCCGCCCUGCCCCCUCCGCCGAUAAAGCACAACAUGGACAUUGGCACGUGGGACAGCAAGGGGCCCGCGCCCAAGGCUCCGGCCCCCCAGCCCGUCCCCCAGCCCGCCCCCCAGCUCCAGCCGGCUGCGCAGCCUCUUGCCGCCCAGCCUCCCCCAUCGGCCCAGCCGCAGCAUCCGAACCCCCCGCUGCCGCCCCAAACCCGCUGGGUCGCCCCGCGCAACAGAAGCGCGGCGUUUGGGCAGAGCGGAGGGGCUGGCGACGGCGGCGCUGCUGGAGCCGCGCAGCCUAGCGCUGCCCCCGGCGCCGAGUCGCACCCCGUGCUCGAGCAGCUAAAAGCCGCGCACAGCUACAACCCGAAGGAGUUCGACUGGAACCUCAAAAGCGGGCGCGUGUUCGUCAUCAAGAGCUACUCCGAGGACGACGUGCACCGCUCCAUCAAGUACUCUAUCUGGUGCAGCACCGAGCACGGCAACAGGCGCCUGGACGGGGCCUUCCGCGCCGCCGGCAGCCGGGCGCCCGUCUACCUGCUCUUCAGCGUCAACGGCAGCGGGCACUUCUGCGGGCUGGCGGAGAUGAAGUCGCCCGUGGACUACGGCGCGAGCGCGGGGGUCUGGGCUCAGGACAAGUGGAAGGGCAAGUUUGACGUGAAGUGGAUUUUUGUCAAGGACGUGCCCAAUAACCAGCUCCGGCACAUCAGGCUGGAGAACAACGACAACAAGCCGGUCACCAACUCCCGCGACACCCAGGAGGUGCCCUUAGAGAAAGCAAAGCAAGUGCUGAAAAUCAUCGCUUCCUACAAGCACACGACCUCCAUCUUUGACGACUUUUCGCACUACGAGAAGCGCCAGGAGGAAGAGGAGGUGGUGCGCAAGGAACGACAGAAUCGAAACAAACAGUAAGGAUGAGCCAGCUUCUGUGUUCUGACACUUGACCGGAAAAGUUGAAGGGAACACGUGCUUGGUGCUGUCGUCUUGUGCAGGGCCCGGCCUGUCGCUUCUUCACGGCCUUUGUCUUUGAUUUUUGCCCCGAUGGAUCUGCGUUCAUUCGUGUUUUCCUGUGUGUUACAGUACCACAGAGCUCACUAGUAGAGGAGUGUGUUUCCCGCUUACCGGUCAGACCUGGCGUGAAACACAAGCGUCCUUCACGGCAGAACGUCCCAAAGGUCCUGUUGUCGUUCGGCAGAAGUCACGUUCUUGCUCCGAAGAGUCACUGUCAUUUAACGUCUUUAUAACCUCUUUGUCACCUUUUCUUACUUUCCAGCAAACACGAGAAACCGUGGCUUGUUUUGUCAUUUUCCUGCGUUCUGUUAAAAUACUUUCCAAAAACGCUGGAAUCAACUUCAUCCGGCCGGUUUGCCAUUUUUAUUACCCAUUGUCUGUCUGAAAUGCUAGUCUGUCCACUUGAUUUUUCUACUUAGAAAGAUAGAUUUGAGUUCUUCAGAUUCGGUGAGCAUGCUGUGUCGGCCGGAGUGUCAGGCCCCUCCUGGCUCCUCGGCCCUGCGGGGCAGACGGUGGGGGAGGGGGCGGCUGGCGGAGGGUCGGGCUCAGCGGUCUGCGGGCUCAGCUGCGUGUGGCCGCCCCAGCCCCCCGCUCUGCACCUGCGGAUCCCGGUGCCCUCCUGAGUUUGCCCACGAGGCCGAGCUUCACACGUAGGAGCUGCUGGCAUAGCCGGUGCUGUGGUGGGGUUUUAAAAAAGCAAACAAAAAAUCCUUUGAGGAAUUGAAUUUGCUGUUCUGUGUUGUGUAAUGAGGGACCCUGAAGAGCUCGCUGCCGCCCGGAGUCUGACCCGGAGCACGAAAAUGGUGCUCACGCCCGUGGUUCUGGCACAGUCUGCGCCCGCCCGCCGUAGGGGAUCCGACUGUUGGAGAGCAGAUACCUUCUGGAACCUAUUUACUCCAAAGGACCCUCUCGGUCAAAGCGUAAGCCGUAUUGUUUAGACUUGUAUUGAGAACCGGCGCCCCGAGCUGUUGCCGGCCGCACGGAGUCACGGACGUCGGGUAACUUUCCUCUGGAGAAUACAAGCCUUAAUAAACAAUACCUAUUUAGCAA